CCGCGCCCCGCGCGCUCAGAGCCAUGGCUUUCGCCAAUUUCCGUCGCAUCCUGCGCCUGUCCACCUUUGAGAAGAGAAAGUCCCGCGAAUACGAGCACGUCCGCCGGGACGUGGACCCCAACGAGGUGUGGGAGAUCGUAGGCGAGCUGGGCGACGGCGCCUUCGGCAAGGUUUACAAGGCCAAGAACAAGGAGACAGGGGACUUGGCUGCGGCCAAAGUCAUCGAGACCAAGAGUGAGGAGGAGCUGGAGGACUACAUCGUGGAGAUCGAGAUCCUGGCCACCUGCGACCACCCCUACAUCGUGAAGCUGCUGGGUGCCUAUUACUACGACGGGAAGCUGUGGAUCAUGAUCGAGUUCUGUCCUGGGGGCGCUGUGGACGCCAUCAUGCUAGAGCUGGACAGAGGCCUCACCGAGCCCCAGAUUCAGGUUAUCUGCCGCCAGAUGCUGGAAGCCCUCCACUUCCUCCACGGCAAGAGGAUCAUCCACCGAGACCUCAAAGCCGGCAACGUGCUGAUGACGCUGGAGGGCGAUAUCAGGCUGGCUGACUUUGGUGUAUCUGCCAAGAACCUGAAAACUCUGCAGAAACGAGACUCCUUCAUCGGAACACCUUACUGGAUGGCCCCCGAGGUGGUGAUGUGUGAGACCAUGAAGGACACCCCUUACGACUACAAAGCCGACAUCUGGUCCUUGGGCAUCACGUUGAUUGAGAUGGCGCAGGUGGAGCCCCCGCACCACGAGCUCAACCCCAUGCGGGUCCUGCUCAAGAUCGCCAAGUCUGACCCGCCCACGCUGCUCGCCCCCGCCAAGUGGUCAGCCGCGUUCCGAGACUUCCUGAAGGUGGCCCUGGAUAAGAACCCGGACACCCGGCCCAGUGCUGCGCAGCUCCUGGAGCACCCCUUCGUCAGUAGCAUCAACAACAACAAGGCUCUGCGGGAGCUGGUGGCGGAGGCCAAGGCCGAGGUGAUGGAGGAGAUUGAAGACGGCCGGGAAGAGGCAGAAGAGGAGGAGCCGGCGGAUGCUCCCCCUUCUCUGGUGAACCACACCCAGGACUCUUCAGAGGUGAAUCAGCUGAGCACCGGUGCUGACCAGCCUCACCCAGAGUCGUCUUCCACUCCGUCUGUGCCCAGCGAGCCUCAGGACAGCGUGAAUGGGCCCUGUGGCGAGUCUUCUGAGGACAAAGCCCUCCAAACCACUGGUCCCCCCGAAGGGGCCCCUGGAAAGGAGAAUGGCCUGGCUGUGCCUGCCCCGCUCCGGAAGUCCCGGCCCGUCUCGAUGGAUGCUAGGAUUCAGCUCACCAAGGAGAAGCCGGUCCCUGGCUGGGGGGACCUCAGUCCAGCCACUGACAGGUCCCACAAACCAAGCCAGAGCCGGCCCAACAGCAGUGCCCUGGAGACCCUGGGCGAUGAGAAGCUGGCCAAUGGCAGCCUGGAGCUUCCUGCCCCAGCAACUCCCGGCCCAGCCAAGAGGGCCUCAGACUGUGGCAGCCUCUCCACCUCCGAGAGCAUGGAGUACAGCGCCUCGCUCUCCGCCGACCUGUCCCUGAACAGAGAGUCGGGCUCUCUGUCCAUCAAGGACUCCAGGCUGCACAAGAAGACCCUCAAGCGGACGCGCAAAUUUGUGGUGGACGGCGUGGAGGUGAGCAUCACCACCUCCAAGAUCAUCAGCGAGGAUGAGAAGAAGGACGAGGAGAUGAGGUUCCUCAGGCGCCAGGAACUCCGAGAGCUGCGGCUGCUGCAGAAGGAGGAACACCGGAACCAGGCCCAGCUGAGCAGCAAGCAUGAGCUGCAGCUCGAGCAGAUGCAGAAGCGGUUUGAACAGGAAGUCAAUACCAAGAAGAAGUUCUAUGACACAGAGCUGGAGAACCUGGAGCGCCAGCAGAAGCAGCAGGUGGAGAAGAUGGAGCAAGACCACGCCAUGCGCCGCCGCGACGAGGCCAAGCGCAUCCGCCUGGACCAGGAGCGGGACUACGCCAGGUUCCAGGAACAGCUCAAGCUGAUGAAGAAGGAGGUGAAGACUGAGGUGGAGAAGCUCCCCCGGCAGCAGCGGAAGGAGAGCCUGAAGCAGAAGAUGGAGGAGCACACACAGAAGAAGCAGCUUCUUGACCGCGACUUUCUCGCCAAGCAGAAGGAGGACCUGGAGCUGGCGAUGAGGAGGAUCACCGCGGAGAACCGGCGCGAGAUCUGUGACAAGGAGCGCGAGUGUCUCCACAAGAAGCAGGAACUCCUGCGAGACCGGGAAGCCGCCCUGUGGGACAUGGAGGAGCACCACCUGCAGGAGAGACACCAGCUGGUGAAGCAGCAGCUCAAGGACCAGUAUUUCCUGCAGCGGCAUGAGCUGCUGCGCAAGCAUGAGAAGUUCUCCCAGCAGGAGGAGAAGAGGCAGAAGUCGGAGCGGCUGCUGCAGCAGCAGAAGCAUGAGAACCAGACGAGGGACAUGACGGCACAGUGCGAGAGCAACUCACACGAGCUGCAGCAGCUGCAGAAUGAAAAGUGUCACCUCUUGGUGGAGCAUGAAACCCAGAAGCUGAAGGCGCUGGACGAGAGCCAUAACCAGACCCUGAAGGAAUGGCGGGAUAAGCUUCGGCCACGGAAGAAGGCUCUGGAAGAGGACCUGAGCCAGAAGAAGCGGGAGCAGGAGAUGUUCUUCAAGCUGAGUGAGGAAGCAGAGGGCCUGAACCCUCCCACGCCUAACAAGACCACCAAAUUCUUCCCCUACAGCUCUGCGGAGGCUUCGUAGUGGCCCCUGGCCUGUGGCUGGCAGCUGGCCAGGCCUCGGGGGCCUCCCAGUCUCUGUGAACAAGGAACACUCGGGCCCCAGCCCUCUUGCUUCUGUGCCACCUGAGCCCCGCCCCUUGCCCUGUGCCGCCCAGCGGUGCCUAGUGUCCCCGACGCUCAGGCACUUGUCGAGGGGACACCACAGUCUCGGAGGCCUGAUUCUCAUGCCUGCUGGUGGGGACCGGGCCCUGGAGGAGUGUGUGCUCUGUGGCCUUGAGGCUGCUCCUGUUUGCCAAAGCACCAGGGUCACUGUCUGCGGCCCACGUGCUGCUGUUCUGUUGGUGGUGGCGUGGCUCAACUGUCUGUUAAUCUGAGAGCUUUUCAACCCCUGUGUGCAGAGUGCCAGACAAGACUCGGCCCCCACCGCCUUUCCCGGUCCAGCUGGAGCUGCCUGGGGCACCCGCAUCUGCACCCCACCUGUCUCCCAGUUUGCCUGCCAUGUGAGAAGAGGCUGUGCCUGCCGCUGGGAGGCCCCAGCUGUUAGUUUGGCAGGUCUUGGGUGUCUCGUGCCCCCCACUACUCACACACGCACAGCCUGCCUCCACCCUGGGUCUCUGGAGCACACAUGGCUGGGACACGCGUGCUGCCUGAGCGUGGUAGAGCAGUUGGUCUGCAGCAUGGUAGGUGUUGGCGCCAGGCACAGGCUGCACUCCACAUGCGCCCUCUCUCCAGCGAUGUUUUCCUCACCUUGCAAGACUUUCACAGCGCAGCUGGCUCCCGUCUCAUACCUGUCCACCUGUCCACAGGUAAAGAUUCGAGAAAGCUGCUGACCUCCGCCCUGUGCCCCCUCCGUCCAGCCUUACAUUUCAGACUGAGGCUGCUCAUCACUUGAAUUUCUCUUCAGGAGUUAAAAAGCACCGGGGAAAGGCUUAGUGCGCCUGCCCCCGAGGAACCUAGCAGGAGCCACGCUUGUGUGUCUCCAGGGGGCAUCUUGGGCCUGCAGGCCAUUCACUGGGCGCCCCCACCACCACCACACACACACCCAGAUCCUGGUCCCCAGAGGUCAUCUAGCUCAAUAAAAGGACUUGCUCAAA